GUUUAUUCCCCAAUGCUCGUCCUGGUACUUUCAUCUUAACUGUGCUUAUAGUGUGCUUUGUGCUUUAAUCCGCCAAGUUGUUUUCAAAGCUGUUGAGCCUCGUCUCUCCUUCCCGGACAAUGCCUCCACCGUUGGAAGACGUUUCGGACAGCGAGUCCACCGGCGACUCGAUCCCUUUCAACAGCGCCGCGGAGAGCAAGGAUCGCGACGUGGCAAUGGAGGACAAUGAUGAGGACGGCGACGGAGAGGAGGAGGAGGAGGAGGAGGAGGAGGACAUGUUCAUCGUGGACAAGAUUGAGGGACAUGAGUUUGCGAAAAACGGCGCUCUCUUGCUUCUAGUCAAGUGGAAAGACUACGAAGACCCCGCCGACCGAACAUACGAACCGGAGGAAAACCUGGAGGGCGCGAAAGAUGCCGUCGACGAGUACUAUCGCAAACUGGGGGGCCGACCCCAGAAACCCGAGCCGAAGAAGCGAAAAUCUAUGGGAGGACGGCCGCCGAAGUCUGCAGCAGUGAAGCAAGAGAAGCCAGAGCCUAAGCGACAAAGAAAGUCGCGGGGCGCCGUCGAGGACGAACCCGCCGAAAACAACGACACACCCAACUGGAUGCCCAAGUCCAAGAACUGGGAGAAAGAGGUCAAGAGCGUCGAAACGAUUCUUCGCGACGCUGAAACAGACGGCUUAGUCGCGUUCUUACUUUGGGAGAAUGGGAAGAAGUCCAAGGUGUCCAUCGAGAUGUGUUAUGAUCGGUGCCCGAGGAAGAUGCUCCAAUUCUAUGAAUCACACCUUGUUUUCAAGGACGAGUCUUAGCGACGUGCGCCUGCGGAAUCUAUGCUGAGUUGGUUUUUAUAGCGACCUAGGACCAAUUCUUUAUUCAUUUAUUGGCAAGGUAGUCAUUGCAUUUACAACAUAAUGUCCGAAGGCCUUAGCGCUUGAAGGGUGUUCUUGACGGAGUUUUAGGCUAAUAGGUCGCGUUAUAUGAUCUGUAAGAUUAUACACCCAGGAAUGGGGUUCCAGCCAUGGUGGCUGUGUGGCAUUGCUCGACGGGAAAGUGCAGAAAAACCACAGAAAACAGGCCUCAGACACAAGGAUGGAGGCUUACAUCCUUAGUGAUCGUGGGGCCAUAUUCUUAUCUUUCAUCAUUACCAGGUCUUCUCUAUCUCCCUAUUUCAUUUCUGACUGCUGGCAAUGUUGAUUUUUCCGGGUUUCUACGCUAUCUUUAUGUAUUUUGAUUUUGAUACUCCUGUUGUUGUACAUCCUCAACGUCGUAUUUGAUAUUAUUAUUAUU